AUGGUUAAGUUCGCGAGGAGCUUAGGGUGUGAGGACGUUGAGUUUAGUCCUGAAGAUGCUGGAAGAUCGGAGAGGGAGUUUUUGUAUGAGAUACUUGGGGAAGUGAUAAAAGCUGGAGCGACGACGCUUAAUAUACCUGAUACUGUUGGUAUAACGUUGCCUAGUGAGUUUGGUCAGUUGAUUGCUGAUAUUAAAGCUAAUACUCGUGGGAUUGAUGAUGUUGUUAUCUCAACUCAUUGUCAGAAUGAUCUUGGGCUCUCCACUGCCAACACUUUAGCUGGUGCACAUUCGGGUGCGAGGCAAGUGGAAGUGACUAUCAAUGGAAUUGGUGAAAGAGCUGGAAAUGCUUCACUAGAAGAGGUUGUGAUGGCCAUAAAAUGCCGUGGAGAUCAUGUACUUGGAGGCCUGUAUACUGGAAUUGAUACUCGGCACAUUGUUAUGACAAGCAAGAUGGUUGAAGAAUACACUGGAAUGCAUACGCAGCCCCAUAAGGCUAUUGUAGGAGCGAAUGCCUUUGCGCAUGAAAGUGGUAUUCAUCAGGAUGGAAUGCUCAAACACAAGGGUACAUAUGAAAUUAUAUGCCCUGAAGAAAUUGGUCUUGAACGAUCUAAUGAUGCUGGCAUUGUUUUGGGGAAGCUUAGUGGGCGUCAUGCGUUGAAAGACCGUUUGACUGAGCUUGGUUAUGAACUAGAUGAUGAACAACUAAGUUCCAUAUUCUGGCGCUUCAAAUCUGUAGCUGAGCGGAAAAAGAGAGUUACCGACGCAGAUAUAAUAGCUUUGGUUUCUGAUGAGGUUUUCCAGCCAGAAGCUCUGUGGAAACUCCUGGACAUUCAGAUAACUUGUGGGACUCUGGGGCUUUCAACAGCAACCGUUAAACUUGCGGAUGCUGAUGGCAAAGAGCAUGCCGCUUGUUCUAUGGGAGCUGGGCCUGUCGAUUCAGCUUAUAAGGCAAUCGAUCUUAUUGUCAAGGAACCAGCGACUCUGCUUGAGUACUCAAUGAAUGCAGUAACAGAAGGCAUCGAUGCCAUUGCAACCACAAGAGUUCUUAUCCGAGGAAACAACAUUUACUCCACUACAAAUGCACUCACUGGUGAAGAAGUUCAAAGAACCUUCAGUGGAACCGGAGCGGGAAUGGACAUUGUGGUGUCGAGUGUCAAAGCUUAUGUAGGAGCUUUGAACAAAAUGCUCGACUUCAAAGAGAAGUCCCCAACAAAAAUCCCUUCUCCAAACAACAAAGUACCUGCCUGA